AUGACAUUAUCAUCUACAAUUAAACGUAGAGCAAUUAAUCCAGAUGGAAACAUUGGUACAUUCUAUAAUAUAUACAAAGAUGAAUUACUCGAUCAAAUAGCUUCGAUUGAUAAAUAUGAAGAAAUUCAAAGUUAUAAACCAGCAUAUUGUGACUUUAUAGAUGAUCGUAUAGAAGAAUGUCAAAAUCUACUUAAAUGGAUUAACAUUGAAAAUGAUUUACGAGUAAAUAUCCUAUUGAAAUCAAAAUUACGAACUGGAGUAGCUGCACUCAUUGAUUAUCAGUAUAAAAUCGAUAAAUAUACUCGUAUUAUACAUUAUUUUUGUGUAUAUCAUGAACGACGAAUUCUUGAUGAUCCAAUAGAAGCAAGAGAACAUUGUAAACCAAUACCAAAUGAUCUUCUUGCUACUCAUUUUAUUUCUGCUGUUAGUUUUGGUAUUGACAUUGUUAUAGUUCUACAGAUUCCAGAUGAUGAUGAUCAAAUUGUUGAAAGAAUUGAUAUUGUAUUGAAGAAAAUUCAAAGUCAAUGGAAGAAUUCCAACGAUAUUUUUCGUUCUAUUGAAAAUGAUAUAAAUUUUCUUGAAAAAAUUACUUUAACUAAAAUAUAUUCAAAUUUAAUUCGACUAACAAAAAUGACUUCAUUUAUUGAAAUUUAUCAAUUUAUUAAUAGAAAUAAACAAAAUAUUAAUGAAUAUUGUCCUAUAGAAUAUAUUCUACAACCUAUUGAAUGGUUAUAUCCUGAUACUGUUUCAUUAUAUCCAUCAUAUCUUUCAUUUGAUGAAAUUUAUAUUGAUAAAUUAGAAAAACAUUUAAUAGAAAUUUUGAACUUUUACAAACAAAUACCAGAUUUACUUGAAUAUUAUUCUAAUCAGAUACUUCCUGAUUAUCUUGAAAAAUUACUUGUAGAUAUAAAAAAUGAAUGGAAUAGUUUGCAAAUAUUGUAUGAAAGUGGAAUUCUACGAUUAACAACAUUGAUGAUAGAAAUUCAUAGUGGACAAACAAAUGUUAAUGAGAUUGAUUCAGCACUUGAACACUAUGAUCAAAUGACAUUUAAAAUAUAUAUUCAAAUAAUUUUGAAAAAAUUAAUGUUAAUCAAAGAAGAAAUUCGAUAUGUUACUAAUCAACAACAAGAAAAAUUUAAGUAUGAUCAACUUUUUGAAAUUCAAAUAAAUCAACAUAUAACAGAACAGAUGUCAGAUAGCAACAGAAAAACAAUCAGAUGA